AUGCUCACCACCAGUAACAUCACCACCAUCAUCACCAUCACAAAACACCACAUUCUCACCACCAGUAACAUCCCCACCAUCAUCACCAUCUCCCCACCACCAGUAACAUCACCACCAUCAUCACCAUUACGGAACACCACAUUCUCACCACCAGUAACAUCACCACCAUCAUCAGCAUCACCCCACCACCACAUGCUCACCACCAGUAACAUCACCACCAUCAUCCCCAUCACAAAACACCACAUGCUCACCACCAGUAACAUCACCACCAUCAUCACCAUCACCCCACCACCACAUGCUCACCACCAGUAA